ACCAUGCAUUGUCACAUGUUUAUAGAGCUCUUGAUAUUUAGAUAUAUAAUCAUUUGAAAAUUAAAACGAAACAGAUUUUCAAAAUACCAGGUAUAAGGAAAAUGUUUAUAAUCUGUAAUAACUAGCUAGUUUCAUAUUAGAUAGAUACAUAUACACUGCUGAAGAUUAAGCGUCACUAGUAUAUCUGGUAUAAUACUAUCAUCUAGAAUGUCUGUGCAAAAAUCUGUUUUCCAAGAUCCUGAGAGACAAUAUCUUCUGGAUAAGGAAGAAGACCAGGAGGAGAAAAUGGCCACAUUUAUCCAGCAGUUUAAGGCCCUUAUGUACAAACAUAUACUGUACAAGAAAAGAAACAAAGGCCAACUUAUUCAGGAGAUAGUCUACCCUAUCUAUUUUGUCGGUAUCUUGGCUAUGAUAAAAGCCUUUCUUCCAUUGGACCCCCUGCCAGCCAUUCCCAGCUUCCCAUUGGUCAGACCAGAAAACUUCACACUUGAGUACACCGACAAGAUCCUGGUGUGUCCAAAUGACAGCCUCACUCAAGCCAUCGCUGGAGAUGCAGCGGGAAUAUUCAAACAAAUUAUGGGUCUUAAUGUUACACCUUCUUUAGAAUUCUAUCCCGAUGAUGUUAAAAUGGUGGCAGCUUUUCAGGAAAAAUAUUCCCAAAUUAAAGGGUUCACAGGAUUGCAGUUCAAUUAUAAUGGAGCGAACCUGUCCUAUGCAAUCAGGAUGAGAAUUUCAGAUAUUGGAGAUACAAAAACCCUUGCCUAUUACAGAACUACUAAUGAGCAAUGCCGGCAAGGCACGGGCUUGGAUUCAAGUUCCUGUGAUGUCCUAAAGUACAUGCACACCGGAUUCAGCAUGAUGCAGAUGGCUGCAGACACGGCGCUAAUGAGGCACCACACAGGUGUAACAGCAAUACAGCCGCUGGACCUGUCCUUCCAGCUAAUGCCGAUGGACAAAUACCAGCCGGACACGUCCUACAUACAGAUCAUCUCCUCCCUCUACUUUGUCCUGGCCUAUGCCCAAUUUGUCAAUUUCCUCACCGCAAACAUCGUCAAUGAUAAGGAGAAAAAAAUCAAGGAGGGAAUGAAGAUGAUGGGCUUGAGAGAUUCCGCCUACUGGGCGUCAUGGGCGGCCGUAUAUUUUGUUCUAAUCACUGUGGUAACCAUUGUUGUGACUCUGAUUGCAUACUUGGCGCAGUUUUACAAGAACAGCAACAUGUUCCUCUUCUUCCUGAUUCUGGAGCUGUAUGGUUUGUCUCUCAUCAGCUUUUCAUGGCUUAUCACUCCAUUCUUUCAAAAAGCCCAGACAGCAGGGGGAUUGGCCAGUUUGAUCUCUAUGGUCACGUCACUGUUAUACUUGGCUGUCAGUAUGACCCGGACCGUGACCAGCACAGGGGAAGUAACCUAUACCAUACCUCCUGUGGGGAGAGCGUUCCUAAGUCUGAUAUCUCCCUGUGGUGUAGCUUUAGCUAUUGACCAGAGCUUAUUUCUGGAUAUCACAGUAGGAAUGGACUUCGAGACCAUCAAGUCAGGAGAUUUCCCUCUCUAUGGUUAUCUGCUGAUGUUGGUGCUAGAUGCUGUUCUCUAUUACAUGUUGGCUAUCUACCUGGAUAAUAUUGUCCCAGGGAAUUAUGGCCCCAGAUUUCCUCCAUAUUACAUCUUCAUGAAAUCUUACUGGUUUCAAUCAAAAUCCAGCAAGUAUAAUAGCAAAGCAGACGACACAGAUUUGUUCUUUGGAAAUGAUGUGGAGCAUGUUACCCAGGAAACUAGGGAGAAGCAAGGAAUUAGAAUUUAUAACAUAACAAAGGAAUUCCCUUCCAAGGAGAAGGAGAAAGAAAAAGUUAAAGCUGUUGAAGAUUUGUCCCUGGAAAUGUAUGAGGGACAGAUAACAUGUCUUUUGGGACACAAUGGAGCUGGGAAAACUACUCUGCUCAACAUGUUAAGUGGACUGGUGCCCCCUUCAACUGGUACUGCAAUUGUACAAGGAUAUGACGUAUCAAACCCGUCAGACGUAGUGAGGAUGAGGGCCAUUACUGGAGUCUGCCCACAGCACGACAUCCUCUUUGAUGUCUUGACCUGUGUGGAACAUCUGACCUUCUAUGCUGGACUGAAGGGCAUUACCGGAGAUGAGUUGAAGAAGAGGAUUAAUCAAACCAUCAAGGACGUUGGGCUAGAAGACCAGAAGGACACAUUUGCCAAGGACCUGAGUGGUGGUCAGAAGAGGAAGUUGUCUGUUGCUAUAUCGCUGAUAGGAGACCCAAAGAUUAUUUACCUGGAUGAGCCUACGGCAGGAAUGGAUCCAUAUUCCAGAAGACAUCUGUGGAAUGUCCUGAAGGAAAAGAAAAAGAAUAGGUUGAUUCUUCUGACAACUCAUUUUAUGGAUGAAGCAGACAUAUUGGCAGACAGGAAAGCAUUUAUCAGUAAGGGAAAGCUUCGGUGUUGUGGUUCCUCCUUGUUUCUGAAGAGCAGAUUUGGAAUAGGAUAUCAUUUGAACAUGGUUGUAGAGCCUAAUUGCAAGGAGAGUAAUGUCACAGACUUUGUCAGAGGGCACAUAGAGGGAGCAGAGUUCACACGAGUGCACGGCAAAGAACUCUCCUACACCCUCCCCCUUAACCAAGUCAGUCAGUUCUCAGCCCUAUUCAGUGAUAUGGAGAGUACAUCAGGAAUGUCCAGUAAAGCUGAAUCCCUUGGGAUCAAGUCCUAUGGGGUUUCCAUGACAUCCUUAGAGGAAGUAUUCAUGAAGCUAGAGGAGGAUGAUGUAUCCAAGAAACUUAAUGAACGGACAGAGCCGGUCAUUGAGGACGAGAACGGACAUUUCCCCCACAAUAGAGUCAGCCCACUCACGGUCGGCGACACCUGCCACACCCAAGUCACCAUAGACACGGAUUUACUAGACCUUGAAAAGCAGACCGAAAAUCUCUCCAAACGCCAGUUCAAGGCCAUGGUGAAAAUGUGGAUCCUUCUUAAUUUCCGCAACAAGGCCAAUCUAGUAUUCUCGCUGGUGUUACCAGUGAUUUUCGUUAUCAUUGGAUUGGUUGUGAACAAGACUUCUUCGAAUGUAACGUACGAUAGUAAGCCGACGCCCAUCAGUCUCCAAGGCCUACCAUCCUAUGCCAGGUCCAAGGUUUAUCCAUCAGCCGUCCCAGGUUUAUUACUGAAUGAUUCAGAUGGUUCACCAACAAGUUCGGAGUGGACCAGUCUCAUCAACAGGCUCUAUUACACUGAUGGUUUCUCUGACUCCUCCAAUCUAUUAAGCAUGGCACCACAUUAUGCUGGCAUGAAGGUUUCUCAGCUACAAGAGUCUGGGACCCCUCCCAAGUUUGACGGAGCUUUUACCAUCUUCUACAAUGCCUCGGCAACUUACAGCAUCCCAAUGCUCAUCAAUGCCCUCACCAACUCCAUUCUAAGUUUGCAAGCCAACAAGACUGGUUCUACAGCCCAGGUCAUUUCUACAACCAACUUGCCGUGGAUCGCAGAUUCCGGCCAAAACCGGUUCAACAAUGGCGCCUUUUCCUCCAUCAUCCUGAUCGGAAUGGCAUUCAUUGCUGUUGCUCCAACUUUUGCUAUUUACAUGGUCAAAGAUAGGGAGACAAAGGUGCGGACCCAGCUGCGUGUGGCGGGGGUGAGCUUCUGGAUGUACUGGGGGACCCACCUGGUGGUGGACAUUGUCAAGUUCAGCUUCCCAGGAAUCCUCUGUGUAAUCGUUGUACUUAUCAUACAGCUGGAUAGUUUAAGCAGCGCUGGGGCUGUAGGUUCUCUGAUACUGCUGGUCCUGUUUUACAUCCCAGUGGCUGUCCUGUUCUCCUAUUUCGCUUCCUACAUGUUCCAGAAAGCUGUUACAGCCCAGCAGUUCAUCCUGACAAUAUUUAUCUUUCUUGGUUUAUUGCCGUAUACUGCAGUGUCUAUGUUGGACAUGUUUGCUCUUGAAAAAAUUGCCCGAGCACUUCACAUUGUCUUCUCCAUCAUUGAUCCACCCUACAUCAUUUUUGGAGGAUUGUACUAUAUUGAUAAAGUGUACCGAGUCAAAACCUUUUAUAUGCUUAGUACUGUUGAUGAUGCAGAUUAUUUCAAAAUGGAAAAUAAUCUCGUGUACACCUACCUUAUCUGUCUUUUUGAUUUGGUGAUCAUUUCCAUGCUGUUGAGAAUGCUGGACAUCAAACAUACAGGGGGGGAUGUCAAGGACGCAUUUCCUUGUCAUCAACAAGAAAUCACAGUGCCUCACACAAAUACAGACAUUAUUGACAAUGAAGAUGAUGAUGUCAAGGCUGAAAGGGAAAGGGUCAAGGACAUAUUCAACAAAAAUAAUAUUAGUAAACCUGUUGCAAUAGCUGAAAACUUGAGGAAAGAAUUUCAGAAAAAUAAAAGUCAGCGUAAAUGCUGUAAGAAAGGCCAGAAAGACGAAAUAAAGACAGCUGUCAGAAACGCCUCGUUUGCCGUUGAUGAUGGGGAGGUCUUUGGAUUGUUGGGACCAAAUGGCGCCGGGAAAACAACAGUGAUUAACAUGAUUGUAGCAGAGAUUGGGCCCACUAGAGGACGGGUUGUAGUGGGAGGACAUGAUAUUCAGUCAAGCAUGUCUGAGGCUUUCCAGGUCAUGGGCUACUGCCCUCAGCACGAUGCCCUCGAGGAGCUGAUGACGCUGAAGGAGCACCUGGUGCUGUAUGCCACCAUUAGAGGUGUGCAGGAGGACAGAGUCAAUGACCUUGCAGAAUGGUUUAUUGAGCAGCUGAAGGUACAGGAGCAUGCAAACAAACGUUCCAAGAAACUGUCAGGUGGAACCAAAAGAAAGUUGAGCUAUGCCAUAAGUAUGCUAGGAAAGCCCAGAAUAGUCCUCUUAGAUGAGCCUUCAACAGGAAUGGACCCUGCCUCCAAAAGAUUCCUUUGGGACACUAUUACCAAUAGUUUCCAGAACAAAGAUAGGGGAGCCAUUUUGACCACCCACUACAUGGAGGAAGCAGACGCCCUCUGCUCACGAGUCGGAAUCAUGGUCAAUGGAAAGCUUGAAUGUCUUGGACCAACUCAACAUUUGAAAAACAAGUUUGGAAGUGGAUACAUACUGGAAGUGAAGUUGAAGGCAGGAAUUGCCCACGAGACCCAAGAUUCAGUGGAGCAGAGAAUGAACAAGCUCGAGGAAUAUGUCUUCUCCAUGUUCCCCGAUGCUGUGAUUGUGGAGAGAUUUGGACUGAGAGCUCAGUAUAAAAUACCCAGGAACAAUGUCAAGUCUCUCGCCCAUGUCUUCUCAUCUCUAGAAGAAGGCAAGCGGACGCAUGAUAUGGAAGAGUACAAUUUCAGCCAGUCAUCUUUAGAGCAGGUGUUCCUGGAGUUUGCCAAAAGACAGCUGGAUGAGAAUGUUACAGAUGAGAAUGUUGAUAAUGAACAGAAUUCGCUGGAGCAAUCCCUGAGGCGUCGUACUUCAUCUAGAGACCAGGGGAGAAAUAGCUCCCAGGGCUCAGGAAAUGUUGUGUGAUUGACAGAAGAACAGCCCUGAGUGUCAUUCAAAAAGUGUGUUAUGUGUAUUCUGGUGUAUCUUCUAGCUGUGCCUCAUCUUAUACCAUUGGUAUUAACGUAAAUAUUGUAUGUAGGAAAGGAAUUAGAUCAGAGGGUUACCAGUACUUUACUUUUUUUUGGAUAGGAUACACUUCUAAGUAAUACUGCUGCAUUUUAUUUUCAAUAUGCAUGUACAAUGUAGAUUCAAAUAUAACUUGGGUUUAGGUGGGUCCCUACUUGUCAGUUAAGUGACGUUAUCAUUGAUAAUUCGAUUUCCAUAUACAUUACUGAAAAUGUACCAUUAUCAUUACUGGAUAAUCACAGAGUUACUGUGUAAAUCUUGAGAUAAUUAUACAUGUAUUGCAUUAGUAUCAUUUGGUGUGGGCGUGGUCAAAUCCAUUAAAGCCCAAUGAGCUUUGUGAUUGAUUUGACCAUGCUGCGGCUGAAAUUAUCACCUCAUAAUAUUUAAGCAAUGAUUCCUUAUUACUUAUAUUGAUAUAAUUUCCAAUUUCUACACUUUAAAACAACAUUUUAAAACCACUAUUUAUGCCCCCCUUCAAAGAAGGGGGGGCUUAUUGCUUUGCUGCUGUCUGUCGGUCCGUCGGUCGGUCCACCAACAGUUUCCGUUCAUUUUCUUUGCAAAGGAUAAACAUAUUAAAAUGAAAUUUGGUAUACAGGUUUAUCAUGAUAAUAUCUAGGUCAAGUUCGAUAUUAAGUAUGAUAGAGCAAUUUUCGACAGAGUUAUGGCAUUUGGACUUAGAAAAUUUGAGUUAUUUGCAGUUUUUGCUCAUUUUUUUCACAGAGGAUGAACAUAUAAUAAGAUGAAAUUUGGUAUACAGAUUUAUCAUGAUAAUAUCUAGGUCAAGUUUGAUUUUGGGUAUGAUAGAGCAAUUAUCGACAGAGUUAUGGCCCUUGGACUUAGAAAAUUUGAGUUAUUUGCAGUUUCUGCUCAUUUUCUUUGCAUAAGAUAAACAUAUUGAAAUGAAAUUUGGUAUACAGCUUAUCAUGAUAAUAUCUAGGUCAAGUUUGAUUUUGGGUAUGAUAGAGCAAUUUCCGACAGAGUUAUGCCCCUUGGACUUAUAAAAAUUCCAAAUAUUUGCAGUUUACACUCAUUUUCUUUGUGGAUGUUUCCAAGGGAGGGGGGCAUAAGUGUUUCACAAACAUCUCUUGUUUUUCAUGUAGCACAUGCUAUGUAUUACUAUGCACUGCAGCCCAUACUGUUUUAUGGGUAUGCUAUAUGACACGCCCAUUUUGUGUCGCUUCUUAUUUAUGAAAUUACUGGCUUCAAAAUUGAUUUGUAAUGUUAUCACAAAGACAGUUGAAAAAUGUAAAUAUAUAGUUAUAUACAUAUAUAAACCUAUUUAGAGUUAACUGCUUUGAUCAGACUUGUAGCCAAUGUUACUCAAGUGAGCUACGUUGCCCCGGACCAUAUUAUAUUAUUAGCAUGUUUUCAUGUAUGUUAAAUAUACAAUUGCUUUCACUUUUAUUUAUUAUAAAUUAUUUUAUUUAAAACAGCUAUAUGUGCCUUAAGAUUUUUUUAUUUUACCAAAAUUAUACAUGGUUUAUUAAAUCAAUCAAAAAUAAUACCGAUAUGUUGGUAUCAUUUCAGACCCAACAGAAGUAUACUAUGUAGGUGAAUUAUGCAUUUAUAAUAUAAAACCAAGAUGGCUGUAUUAUAACUGUGAGUUUAUUGGUGCUACGAUAGAUAAUUUAUACCUCUUUUAAAUUUUAUUCUUUUCUAGAACCGGUAUCUGGAUUCUUUGGUGACAUAUUUUACUGCAUGACUAAAUUGUAUUUUGAAUUGUUAUGUUUUAUUUAACAUACCAAUAUAUAUAAUGUCCUUUUUUUUUAUUUAAAGAAAAAGAACUUGGUGAAGAAGUCUGACAAGAUCAUUUGAUUUCUUUUUAGUAUUAUCUGUGUUAAUUACAUAUUGAUUGCUCAACAAUUUUUAUUUUGAAAAAAAGGCUCAGGAACCUGAAGUUUCAGGCCCUGUAUUUUUCUCAUACAAAAAUUAUACCUUCUACCUAAUGAUACAUGUACUUGGUAGAGGGUGUAUUUUUAUGAGAAAAAUAUAUUUAUUAUAACAUCAGGUGCCUGUGUUAAGAAAAGGAGCAAAUGAGCAAAUAUUAUGUUCUACAAACAUUAUUUAUUAAUUGUUAUUUAAUUUGUUUAGUGCUAUUUUUAAACAUAGCAUGUUUCUUUUAAUAGUCAUCAUUGUUUUUGUUUUUCAAGAUAUUAAUACUGGUAUUAUGUUUUGUGAUUUUUUAAUUUGUUGCAUAUCCCCCAUAGUCUUACUUGAGGUGUUAGUAUAAUUUUACUUUCUUGUUGGAGAGUGUGGCUUAAUCUGAAAUUGAUUAUAAUGGAAUAUAAAAGUAAUAGAAAGAAAAGAAUUGUAACACCUGAUUAUAUCUAAAAUGACCCAUUUAGUGGUUAUUUUGUCACUGAUUUUAUUGCAAACAACUUUGGACUUUAUUGUGGCACAGUCAAUAAGUUUUGAUCUUUGUUGUUGCUUUAUACAAUCAAUUAUCAUGGAAAAAUCAAAAUUAACAUUUUGCACAUAUCGCUAUCUUCAUAUUUUUAUCAAUUUGAUUCAGCAAUAUUUGAUAUAUGUGAUAUAUGUAAAUACAUGUAUUAUGAUUUAGAUUGCAAUAUUUUAUUACCUUGAGCAUUCAUUAUUUAAACAUUCCUUUGUGUAUAUUUGAAUUUUCUCUGAAUCAGAAUUAUAUGAAUGAUAUUUAGUUUUACAAAUUUUUUAUUGUCUUAGAAUUUUAUAUUUAAUUUCUUUAUCUAUUGAUGAUAUGCAAUUUAAUGGCGUGUAUGUAUGGUUGCUUAAUCAAGUUAGCUCAUAUAUUUAAACAAUAAAAUCCUUACUAUUGUGAUUAAUGCGGGAUAUGAAGUUGGCGAAAUUGUAAAAAAAAAACGUGGGUUAUGUAAUUUUUUUUCUGCAAUGAUUGCUACCCUCAUAACCAGCAUGAAUCAUCAAAGAAAGCAUUUUAUUGUUUAUAUUUACAUCUUUCUUUUAACAAAUUAAUAAAGAUCAUAAAAAGUAAGAAAAAUCUACUAAAUUAUUGUCAAUGUGCAUGAGCUCGUUAAAUAAAAGAAAUAGCCAAAUCC